CUUAUACAUUUCCAAAUGAAUUUAUUACAUGUGAUCAUAGCAGUGUUUAUAUAUAUUAAUUAUUCGAAUUCACAGUGAAUACUCUUGUUAAUUUUUAUUUAAUUUUUUACAGUUUUAUAAAUAUGGAGUCCACUUCUCCAGCUGAAGAAAUGAAUGAUACCAAAGAUGAUCUAGAAUGUUCAGAAAAAAUAAAUGGUACUAUAAAAUAUGAAGAAUAUGUAGAAGAAAUGGAUACUUCUGAUGAAGAAGAUAUAAGAAAUACUAUUGGUAAUGUACCUUUGCAUUGGUAUGAUGAAUAUCCUCAUGUUGGUUAUGACUGGGAAGGUAAACAAAUUAUUAAACCAGAACGUGGUGACCAACUUGACAAUUUUAUGGAAAAAAUGGAAAAUCCUGAUUUCUGGCGUACAGUAAGAGAUUUACAAACUGGCCAAGAUAUAGUCUUAAGUGACAAAGAUGUAGAAUUAAUUCAAAGAAUUGAGUCCAGUAAAAUACCAGAUUCAACUUUUGAUGAUUAUGCUCCAUGGGUAGAUUGGUUUACAUCUGAAGUCAUGAAUAUGCCAAUUCGAAAUUCAGCUGAUCAUAAAAGAUCAUUUAUAGCUAGUCGACAAGAAGCACAACGUGUUGAGCGUUAUGCUCGUUUAAUACGAGCUGGCUUGCUAAAAACUAGAGAACAAAAAAGAAGAGAACGUGAAAAGAAACGACAACGUAAUUUCUAUAUGAUGUGGGAAACAGAUGAUACUGAAGAUAAGCACAUGAGAAGAAUUACUGAUCAUAUACCAGCUCCAAAAAGAAAUUUACCAUCUCAUGCAGAAUCAUAUAAUCCACCACCAGAAUUUAUGUUUAAUGACCGUGAGAUGAGAAUAUGGAAGAAACAAGAAGAAACACCAUGGAAACGCAAGUUACAUUUUAUACCUCAAAAAUACUCUAGCUUAAGAAGUGUUCCAACAUAUCCAAAAUUUAUAAAAGAAAGAUUUACAAGAUGUAUGGACUUAUAUUUGUGCCCUAGAGCAAGGAAAAUGAGACUAACUAUUGAGCCAGAAGAUUUAUUACCUAAGUUACCUAGUCCUAAAGAUCUUCAACCAUUUCCAACAGUUCAAUCUUUGGUAUUUAAUGGGCAUAAUGAUAUGGUACGAUGCAUAUCAAUUGAUCCGGUUGGUCAAUAUUUAUUAUCUGGUUCUGAUGAUAUGACAGUUAAAAUAUGGGAAAUCAGUACUGCUCGUUGUUUAAGAACUAUACCAGUUGGAGGAAUAGUGCGAAGUGUUGAGUGGAAUCCUAAUAAAGCAUUAUCAUUAAUAGCAGUUGUCGCUGACCGUAAACUAUUAAUAAUAAAUCCAGGGAUAGGUGAUCACUUAGUAGUAUCUAAAACUGAUACAAUUCUUUCAACUCCGCCUGUUCAAACAACAAUAGUUUCUGAAAAAGUUAAAGCUGUUGUUCAGUGGGAUGAGCCAACCUCUGAAGAAUAUGAUAAUGGUAUUAGAAUAAUCUUAAACCAUUUCAAAGAAAUUAAACAAGUUACUUGGCAUGGUCGUGGAGAUUAUGCUGCUACAGUAAUGCCUGAUGGAGCAAAUCGUUCAGUACUUAUUCAUCAAAUGUCUACAAGACGAUCACAGUUGCCAUUUGCAAAAUCAAAAGGAUUGGUUCAAAGUGUACUAUUUCAUCCAAUUAGACCAUUUUUAUUUGUGGCUACUCAAAAAAAUAUACGUAUUUAUGAUCUAGUAAAACAAGAGUUAUUUAAAAAGUUAAUGAGUUAUGCCAAGUGGAUUUCAUCUAUGGCAAUCCAUCCAGGUGGUGAUAACAUAAUUGUUGGAACUUAUGAUAGAAAAAUGCUGUGGUUUGAUCUUGAUCUUUCUACUAAACCAUACAAAACUUUGAGGUUACAUGCAACAGCUGUUCGAUCUGUUGCCUUCCACAAACGUUAUCCUUUGUUUGCUUCUGGCUCUGAUGAUCGUUCAUUGAUUGUAUCACACGGAAUGGUCUACAAUGAUUUACUUCAAAACCCAUUAAUUGUGCCUUUGAAAUUACUCAAAGAACAUGAAGAAACCUCAGAUUUUGGUAUUUUCGGUGUUACAUUCCAUCCAACAGAACCGUGGGUGUUAACAUGUGGUGCAGAUAAAACUAUUCGAUUAUUUACGUGAUUUUUGUUAUAAAACAUCUAGAUGUAACAGUCAAAGAGGUCUCCAUAUUUUAAAUUAGCUCUAUAAAUAGAAGAAAUAUUGAUAAAACCUUAACUUCUACCCUCGGCUCAAAAAGUAAAAUUGGAUAUAUCAAACAUGUUACAGGGAUAAUUUAAAAUAAUUUAGUUUGUUGUUUUAUUUAAAAUUAAAUUGUUAAAAAUUUAUCAAGUAAAUUACCUAACUCAUAAAUUCUUUCAAAAGUUUUUUAUUAUAAAUGAUAAAUUUAUAAUGGGAGACAUAAACU